AUGCCUCAGGAGGUGACAGAUCGGGGGUUAAGCGAGGUGCAUAUGCUUCCAACCGGCCCUGACGAUUCCUACGGCUGGCACGAUCGGGGUGCGCACACUCGUGAGAGAAGACGGGGAGCCGUUAUGGGUGGGGCGUGGUCGGACGAAAGGCAGCGACGCGUGGGCGGCUGUUCGACGAUGCGCGUUUGUCCACUGACCAGCAGGGCGAGAGGCGCCAGAGACCAAGCAAAUACAUGGUACACACAUGAGGGAGCGCCAUCCAUCCUGAAUGACGGGAGGUACUCUGUUUCCUCUGUCUCGCGAAUGACUACCGGCGCUUGUGGAUCGGCUGAGAAUGCACCUGUUUACUUGACCAGAACACAUCAGGGAACCGCUCCCACCCACAUCAGACACUACUGCGUCUGUUCGCUGCGCGCUCCUGUCCAAGGUACAUCCAACGCAGGCCCCAAAGCUGUCCGACAAACGCUGGGUCUGAUAGCAGGUACUAGCAACUCACGCAAAGGGCCUCUUGUGUCUUCUGUCACAGAGGCGUCGCGGCCAGUGCCAACAUCGGGAUGCGUGGCGUGGACGCUCCUUGCCGGGGUAACCCGGCAGCUUCAGCAGCCGGCCCCCGCCUCUGCAAGGGUUGCGAAGUGGAUCAUGUCUCGCAGCCAUUCGCCCUGCCAAGGUGGUGUGCACCAGCCGCGUGGGCAUGCACAGGACGUGAAGAAAUGGCUGACAAUCUUGUGUGUACGGUCACCCGUUGCCCGUUCUUGGUCUUCUUGUCUACUUGCAUGUCCGGCCUGCCCCGCAGGUAGCGGUACAGUACGCAUGGUUCACUGUCUAAGCGCCCGCAAACGCGAUGCGAUUCGUUCAUGCUGCCGCGGCCCACGUGGAACGUCGCGUCUCUGCCGCCAGUUGUCUCUCGAUACCAACCAAUCCAGCCUUUUCCGCCAUGAAUCGGACACAAUUCCAAAUCAUGAGGACCAGGCUGCCUCCGUCUUCCAGGCAGCAUCUAGGGGCGCUGUUGGCGCGACGAGGAAUUGGCUCUCGGGAAACCUGGAAGAACAAUUCCCUGUCACCCGACGUCCGUUUCGCGUCCCCCUCGGCAGUGCAUCACCCGGAACCAUUGGCCGUAUUCAUUGCUGCAUAUUACGUUUCAAGAGGGUGCAGUGGCGGGCGACGUGGUGUGAUACAUCGGCCUCUUUCCUCGCAACACUGCUCCGAAGCCAUUGGACACUGACAGGAACGCCACCAUUUCAGUUGGUUUUUGAAAAGCUGAGGCAUGUGCUUGAAGCCGCGUCUUUUAACUACUUAAAGCCGUACGCUGCGCCCAAUCUAGGUUUUGUGAUACUGCAUUCACUCACUGCAGACCGUGGAACACCAAUUAUGGAUAACAGUGGGAACACGCGACCUAUCAUUCACCCUGCGCAAGCCUCCAGCGCGGAACCUCAUCCACUUACAUGGCAAAUGCAUCUUCAUUCCGUUGGGCCCCAGAGUGCUAGCUGGGCUGCGCCUGAACUUCCAGUUUACUACAGCAACCAAGCGCCACCGGCGUAUCCUCCUGCCGCGCCUGUAUUGAGUUAUGGUAGCCAGUUCCCAACAAACAAUCAAGUGCUGCAGGCAUACCAGCCCACAGUUCGUCCGACUACUCUUCCGCAAGGCGGCAUCACCGCGAAAGUGCAAUCUGAUAUUCCCGACCUUCAUGCCAUGGGUCAGUCCUCUGUCCAGCCUGCAAAGUAUGAUGAUGGUGGACAGCACGCGGAUCACGGUAUUCGGACUUUACAGCCCCCGGGACUGUGGCGUUGCGGUGGCAACUGUGCGACUACGUAUGGAUACACACCGCGGUCGGAGCAGGCACCACCAAUCCAGGCCGCAGCUCAACAGAGCCCUCGUUCCCUUCCGAGCGUAGAUGGACGGCCAGUCAGCCAUCCAGAGGUUGAAUUUGUGGUCCAGCAUCACUCUCAGAAUGAUCUGUCGGCCGGCCAACCCCAACCUAGUGAGACAAGCGUCGAGGGUGUCUGGGAGCGGGCUUCUGUAGCUGGACGCGUUGAGACCGGAAGUUCCCAACCAGGGUGGGAGGACAUCGUUCGAAUAGUUGACCAGCUGCAACAGAAGUGGUCGGAAGAGUUAGAGCAGGUGAAGAUGCAGCUUGGAGCACACCUCCAACGUCAGGGGUCGCGUCUCUCCUGA